AUGGCGCCCGGCCCGCGGCUGCCCCGGCUGCUCGGCGCGGGCGUCCGGCCCGCGUGGCGGCGGCCGCUGAUCGGCCCGAGCGCGAGCCCGGCCGGCCGGACCAGCAGGACGCGCGGCAGCGCCGCGGCCCCGGCGGUCAGCGAGCCCGAGGCCGGCAGCGGUCUCGGCGCCAGGGCCCUGGGCGAGCCCCUGCAGCACGCGGACUUCUUCAGCCUGAGGGAGCUGUUCUCGCUGCGGAGCCUCUUCGACGCCCGCGUGCACCUGGGCCACAAGGCCGGCUGCCGGCACAGGUUUAUGGAGCCCUACAUCUUCGGGAGCCGCCUGGGCCAGGACAUCAUCGACCUGGAGCAGACGGCCGCCCACCUGCAGCUGGCCCUGAACGUCACGGCACACGUGGCCUACCGCAAGGGCAUCAUCCUGCUGGUGGGGCGCCAGCGGCAGUUCACCCACCUGAUCGAGAACACGGCCCGGGACUGCGGCGAGUACGCCCACACCCGCUACUUCAAGGGCGGCCUGCUGACCAACGCCCCCCUCCUCCUGGGGCCCGGGGUCCGCCUGCCCGACCUCAUCAUCUUCCUGCACACGCUCAACAACGUCUUCGAGCCCCACGUGGCCGUGAGGGACGCGGCCAAGAUGAACAUCCCCACGGUGGGCAUCGUGGACACCAACUGCAAUCCCUGCCUCAUCACCUACCCCGUGCCCGGCAACGACGACUCGCCCCCCUCCGUGCAGCUCUUCUGUGGCCUCUUCCGCGCCGCCAUCACCCGCGCCAAGGAGAAGCGGAGGCAGGUGGAUGCGCUGUGCCGGCUGCAGGCCCAGGCGCCCCAGGACCCCAGCCCCCCGGGAGCCCCGUGGGCCCAGGAGCGCUCCCCGGGAGGUGCCCGCCCUCCUGCCAAAUAAAAGCCGCCAAACUGUU